GAGAGCUGAAUAUUUUUCUUUGAUACGAUUUUCAACAACAGAAUUUUUUUAAGUCUGCAGAUCUGAAUUAAAUCGACGGUUAAUAAAUUUGUACAUUUUUGUCAUUUUUCAAUCUUGAAGAAAAUACUCGACAAUAUUCACGAGUCUCUCGAUACUUUAAGCUAACUGCAGACUGAAAAUUUAUUGCCUGUCAACGAAAAGCGCCACAACUUUCACAUUUUUUAUUUCUUUUCACCGCUAUUAACUCCGGGAUCGUUUUCUGUACCGGCUCUUAUUCGAUUGAUCUCAAGUUCAAAAUGGGUUUCGAACGAGUUUCCAUAGUCUUCAUUUGCUUGUAUCUGGUCAGUUUUUGGAGAAUCGUUCAUAGCGACAAAGAGGUGCUACUAGACCGAUCCAGUCAAGAUAGCCCGUCUGACGAGGCGGCCAGUCAAGUGUGGUCUGACUUCGUUGCCGUAGGAACAACUGGAAAAACCAAACAUGGUUGGCAGUCGGGUGGCACGAGAAAGAAUGGGUAUGCUGUGUGCGACACUGAAGUGGAGGGGGCGGAGAACUGGCUCCGCACUCCCUACAUCGCACUGGAUGACGCCAAAAUACUCAAGAUCAGAAUAUGGUACAACCAAGAAGAUUGCUCUCUAGCCGAGGAAAAAUCUUCAAAAAAAUGUGAUAACAAAAUCAAACUGUCGUAUUUGCAUCGAAGUAACGCCUCGCCCGACGACAAAGCGGCAUACAAACCCCUUGAUCAACAUCUCGGAGACCUAUUUUUCACCGAGACAAAGCUCGAAGAGUCGAGUCAAGAUGACGCGUUUUUAUACGAAGCCGAAAUUGACCUGGAAAGGAUUGCCGAGAAUAAUUUUCAGCUAGGUCGGACUGUUUCCGACGGGGGAAUCUACUUGGCAUUUACAGACCACGGAUCCUGCACUGUUAUUCACAGUAUUAAAGUGUUCUACUAUUUCUGCCCUCAAGUCGUCAAAGAUUUCACGCUCUACCCACGAACUACAAGUGGUGGUUCGUCGAGUCCAGUGUUCGGCUCGUGUCAGCAAGGCGCCAGCUCGCAACCCGAUAGACAACCGAAAGCACUGUGUAACAAUGCGGGAGGAUGGGACCAUAUGAAGUCGUCUCAGGACAAAUGUCAAUGUGAGGCUGGCUACGAGAGCACGAACGAAGAUCGAAUAGAUUGCACUCCUUGUGGGCCUCACACGUACAAGUCGGACAGAUCUUCUGGCGCAUGUACAAGGUGUCCUUUGAACAGUUCUCCGGAUUUGAUGUCGGGGUCAACGAAGUGUAUCUGCAAUCACGGGUUCUUCCCUCCUCCAUCUGAUUUCCAUGACCUAGCAUGCCAGCAACCUCCCCCACCACCAGAGGGCCCGAUAGCCAUAGUGCAGAAUACAUUUGUGACCAUAAACUGGAAUGACCCAAUCAUGGACUCGUGGUACUCUGGCAGGAAGUUCUGGUACAGGAUCCAGUGUGAAAACUGUGCCUCUUCAGUCCACGUCCCAGAGGAACUGUACAACCCAAAAGUACAACUAACAGGUCUUCAGGAAUUCACCCGAUACGUGGUCAGAAUAUACACAGAGAAUACACUGACUAUGUUCAACCCAGACAGCGCACAAUACGCAACAGUCGAGUUCAAAACCCAAAGUAGAGCCAAAAUAACCAAUUUGGACGUGAAAUCUGAACAAGAUAACUCAAUAUAUCUCACGUGGGCUUCCGAGCCAGUCUCAAUGCAGGGAGGGUUCAAGGUCAUCUCUAUGUUUAACAACGAACACCAGUCUGAACAGGAAGUCCAAAUCCCACAGUACACUAUGCGACAUGUGGCUCCUGGCCCGUGGAAGUUCAAAGUGUGCUCGGUGGUACAGCCCGAUGUAUGUUCUAACGAUCUCUACUUCGAUGUACAAGGAGAGAUCUCUUCGUUGGAUCUGGAGUUGAGUCCGAAGCACUUGGUGAUAACAGCAGCCAUGAUCAUGGCCAUCAUUCUUCUGAUGCUGGUCAUACUAGUGUUAGCUGUCUAUUGCUAUCGUCGCUCAACUCCCAUCGACAGUUCGGGCGCCAUGUGGAACAACAGUAGCCAUCGGAGCAUGCACUUGUUGGAUGUCUCUCCCAAUUGCUACAGUCAGACCGAAUCUACUUAUGGAAUGAAGUCACCCUUCGGUCAGAGUUUUGUAGAUCCGAAGUUCUGCGAAGAUCCGGAAAAAGUGUUGUACGAGUUCACUCGAGAAAUUCCAUUAGACCAACUUGAAAUAUUCGACAGUCAAAAACUUAGUACAGGUCUUGAGAAUUCAGAGCAAUAUCCGACUGGACAUUUUGGCCGUGCAAUUCUGCAUACUUUAGAUGACCAGAGAAUUGAACUCGUGACUAAAAAGUGCGACCUAAUGUCGGUUUCAAACACAACAGACUUGCGAAGUUUCGCAUCCGAAGCCGCAGUAGCAUCGCAAUUCAACGACCCAAAUGUCCUCAUGGUGUAUGGCGUCGCUUAUGGACCCACAGAAGCGUACAUGUGCUAUGAGGUUGCCCACAAGGGAAACCUGUUGAGUUUUGUGCGAGAAUCUUGCGACAAGUUGAGUUCGAUCCAACUUGUUCACCUUUUGAGAGGAAUCUCUUGUGGCAUGCAGUACCUGUCGGACUUGGGCUACUGUCAUAAAGUGUUGAUAUCGGAAAACAUAGCCGUCAACUCGUCGGGAAUUUGCAAAAUAGCAGGAUUUGACAUGCGAACAGCUUUGGAAUUAGAAGAUUCAACUGGAUCAACAGCUAAGAUCGCAAAGUACUUGGUUCCCUGGAGCGCGCCUGAAGUGGUAAAUUACAAGAAAUACUGGAGCGCAUCUGAUGUCUACAGUUUCGCCACUGUCAUCUGGGAAGUCUUUUCAAAUGGAAGCUCACCUCACCUUGCUUAUCCCAAAUCGGUCUCAUCAGAACUUGUCGAUGGAAACUUCCAAACUCCAUUCAUGCUGUCGAUUCCGGAAGGAUGUCCGGAAGCUAUUUCGGAACUGAUGUCUUCUUGUUGGAAUCCAGACAAGAACAGCCGACCUAAUUUCAGACAGAUCAGAGAGACCUUGGAUAACAUUGUGCGCCACCCUUUGUUCAUCAACCAGCCCUUCACUAACUCAAUGAUCUACCAAGCACAGCAGCAGUAUUCGACAUUAGCGAACAUGACUCAAAGAAGUCAGAGCCAAGUACCUGCAUCGGAACAAAUGUUGAGAUCUCUCAAGCUAGAAAAGCAGUACCUCAGCUUCUUCUUGACCAACAACAUUCUCGACUCCUCCGAUCUCAUAGAGCUGACAGAAGAUAUGAUCGGAGCAAUCGGAGUGACAAACAAUAAACACAAGAAAAAGAUUAUAAGCUACAUCGAAUCCUUAAAAAAGCAGAAUCAAUCUAAAUACAUGGUCACCACGAGUACUUUCAAAAACAGUGCGGUCAACAUGCUUGUCUAGAGACUUCCUCGUUGCGAAAUUUUAUCCUAUUUCGAAAUGCUUUCACCAAGUUAGACUGAAACAGUGUUUAAAUUAAUUUCAGAUAUGCCAACUUGUAAACGUUAAAUUUUAUUGUGCAGUUUUUACUUAAGUAGUUUUAUUAUGCGCUGUGCUGCUUUUUAAUUCAU